UUCUACUCAUAUCCUUCUGCGUAGAAAUGUUCCGCCCGCAGUAGACAAGGCGGAAUUCAAAUCAGGGCGCUUCCCGCGAGGAGAGGCGUUGUGACUGGAGGCUGGGGGCAGGGCUUCCUUCUGCCCGAGAGACCAGCCAACAUGGACGAUCCGCGGGACGUUCAAAUCUUCAGAAGUAAUACAACUACUAGAUCUUCACUGUCCUCCUGUUCGGCUUUUGCUAUGGAGACCAAGAGGAAGAAAAUACGACAGAGCACAUUCUUUCAGCAGAACGAGGUCUCCAAUGUCCAGGGCAAGCUUGACUUUGAGCUGCGGAUGCGUGACGGGGCCUACAAGCUGCUGCUCGCCAGCAGCAAAAGGGAUCAGGUCCUCAACGUCUCCAAGAGCCUGCUGACCUCCAACGCCCGUGUCCGGGCCUACCUCGCUCAGCUGCAGAAGAAGAAGGAGGAGGAGGAGGACCUGAUGGGAGCCACCAGGAGUCUUGCAGAUCCAAUUUCAGAUAACCGUGUGCCCUGUGCUGGGAAGGUGGCUAUUGCUGGGCUGCGUAUUCCGUUGAUGUGGAAAGAUACAGACCACUUCAAUAACAGAGGAAGUUCUCGCCGGGUGGCGGUGUUCUGUGUGAUGCAGAUCGGUUUUGAGGUGUUUGACACGGAGAUGGUGGUGGUCGACCGGUCAGCCACUGACGUCUGCUUCAAGGGAGUCACCAUCUUUAACGAGGCAGUACCCCAGUUUGAACUGAAGGUGGAGCUGUGGAGCUGCGCGGUGGAGGACGACAGCACAAUUCUCGCAAACACGCCAAAGAAACUGGCCAAGAAGCUGCGCAGCUCGAUGGGAAAGGCUUCUGGGAAAAAAUUCUGCCCUCUCCUGGACAGUUCUGACCCUGGCAGCUUCCUACAUUCGCAUCCAAUACCCCCUGGGACUAAGUACAGCCUGCUGGCCUACACCACCUUGUGUCUGUCUGAGGCCGAGGGCAGCUUCCAGUCCCACUCGCUGGUGGUGCUGCAGGAUGCUGAUUGGUCCUCGUGGCUGCCACUCUAUGGGAACCUCUGCUGUCGAUUGGUUGCUCAGCCUCACUGUAUGACACAGGCCACUAUGAGUGGACACCUCAACCAACAGCAGUGUGUGGAGGGGGUGUUGCGCUGCUGCAGCAUGUACUGUGUGCUCAGCGCCGGCUCUCUAGACUGCUACUUCAGCCCGGAGGAAAUCACAGCCAAAGUAGAGCCUUCCCAGCAAAUACCCGUCAAUAAGAACACGCGCAUCCGUGUGACGGAGAAGGACUCGUCGGGUCGGAGGUCAAACAGUCUGACCAUCAUCAACCCCUCGCCGGGGGGUUCUGAGUCGGCCCUCUUCACCAUGGAGGGCCGGGAGGAGCUGGAGGACUGGGUCGAUGCCUUCCACCAACACUUCUACGACCAGAGCGAGUGGCUGCACUGCUGUGACCGGCUGAUGGAGAUGGAGGUGGAGACCCCGCCCAAACCAGCACUCUUCCUCACCAAACAGGCGGACUCUGUUUACAACGAUCUCAGUAUAAACUCGCCACGCAAGUUUGAGAGCAUCACAGACAUCAUCCACAGCCAGAUUGAGAAGUCAGACGGCCACUUUCUCAUUGGUCAGGAGGAGGAGGAAAGGGGAGCCCCUAAUUGGUCGACCCUAUUCGACGGGUCCCGCCCCGUGGUGGUCCAGAAGAGCGUCAUGUCACCCAGCAGAAGCUCCACCCCCUUUACCAGCCCCGCCCCCGGCGGCGGCUCCACCCCCGCCCCCGGCAGUGGCUCCACCCCCAACAGCAGCAAGAAGCGCCGGGCCCCUCCCCCUCCCUCGCCCUGCGAUCCCCCGCCCGCUCGCCCGGCCCGCCCCCCCCUCCCCGCCUCCAUCCGCCCCAUCCCAGCCCGUCCUCCUCCCUCGGCCCCCAGCAGGGAGAAGGAGAACGCGUUGCAGCGCCCCGCCCCGAGGUCAAAGACGGGACGGCCGUCGCUGGACGCCAAGUUCUCCGCCAUCAUCCAGCAGCUCCAGAGGAGCCACCCCGCCGGGGGUGGGGGGGCCGCGCCCCUGAGUCGGAAGAAUGCCCCCCUGGGACACCUCGACGUGCAGCCCCACGGCGCCAGUCACCCCCAGGACCCUCACGCCCGGGCCCCCGACAGAGACGACCCCCGGUCCGGGCCCCUGACGGCGGACCUCAGGCUGGGCCCCGUGCCGGCCCCAAGGAGCAAAGCGAGGAAGUCUUUCCGGGAGAAGAUGAACCCCAAGGGCUGGUGAGGCGGACCGGACCAACACAGGCUCCGGACUAGAGAGGGCAGCAGGAGCACUCCUGUUCAUGUAUCCAGCACUCUAUCAUAAUUAUAAUCUGUAUAAUUAUAAUUAUAGUGCGUUAUUAUAAUCCAUUAUGCUGCACAUUAUUUGCCUACUGUGUGCCUUAAAUUACAAUUUCGAUUUUCUUUUUGUAAUUUACUGAUACUCAUUUCCUGGUAUGGCUUUUUAAUCACAUCUUUAACCAGACUAAAAAUAACCAGCUAGUGAAACUAGAUUGGUUGGACUAAAAAUUGAUUAAAAUGAACCAAUAAAGGCAGAGGCCUAAAUUGCACACGGUUGGAGGGCUCAUACGCCAGUAAGCAAAUUCUCCACAUCAAUCCUCUCCCACACAAAUGGAGAUGAUUAAUGUGUCUCAUCUCUGCCUCUUGGCACCUCGCUGUAGUGCAGCGUUUCCAUUCAAAUCUGUCUAUUAAUGGAUCAUUUGCUUUGAAACACUAACGUAACUGUGACUAUGUCAUUACCUCUGCAAACAUGUUAUUUGUUGCAAAUCUGUAAUGUGAAUUGUUGACUGAUUUUGUUCUUAGUUUUUUUGUAACAAUAUUCUGAGUAGUGUAGUUGUUUGUGUUUUAUAAUGUCGACCAUGAAUUCCAAUAACCUUAAUGCAACACAAGGCAUCUCUAUUAGCUAGUAUGAUGAAAACAUCAUGUAAUACCUUGGAACAUUUUGAACCACUCAAUAUUUCAACCACUCAACUGUCUGCUGCCUGUCAUGGCAGAUGGCCAAGAGCAGGGGACGUCCUGAUUGGCUGAAAAAGGAGAAAAAAUGAAGAGCCUAACCGGAGUAAAAUAUUAAAACCACCUGCUCCCAAUCUUGGAAAAAGGAAGACAGAAUAGAAGCCCAUUUUGACAUCCUCCAUGAUUAAAACGUUUUGUUUUGGCUUCAUUGAAACGACUAAAAUACUGAACGCACAAAAAUGGUUGCAGCUCAUUCUAAUAACAUUAAGCUUGAUUGUUUAUUUUCUUGAUUGUAUUUUGUAGAUUGUUCUCCAUUGUAAACACUGACUUUACACAAUGGUGUAUCAAAAUCUAUUUUAGAAGACUAUAUUGAGGCUACACACCCCGAUGUCAGAUAUCAUUAUUGGAUGGUGAUAAGUACUCCCUUUCACCCCUGUGUUUAUUAGUAGAUUAUAAAGCCGGGGUAAUUGCUCGGGUGCCGUUCUCAAGCGGUUGGAUUACCUUUUGUUUUCAUGACAAUGGGCAUAAUAGUUGUAAUGCACUUCUUUUUACCAUCUUUUCUAAUAUCGUCAUUGUGGGCAUUUCAAAAGACGGACUGUAAUGUUUUGCUGCAAUAUCAAUAAACGCGCCUUUUUAUAGUGGAGAUAGAGA